CCAACGUCCAUCCAAGUCGCUGCUGCCUGCGACAUCAUGGCAUCAAACUCUGAUCAAUCGACUAAUCACACCUUGCCACUCUAGUCUAAUACACUGUCUUGUUGCGGCAUCGUAUUGGCAUCCCGGGCUGCGUCGUUCGUCGCGCGCCAUGGCCGUACAGGUCGUUUCCGACCUCCACCUAGAAACGCCCAAGGCCUACGACAUCUUUGACAUCGAGCCCAAGGCCCCCAUCCUAGCACUGCUUGGCGACAUAGGAAACGUUGUUCUGCACAAGGAGGAGUGCCUCGCCUUCCUCACCAAGCAGCUUGCCAAGUUUCGCGCUGUCCUUUUCGUGCCCGGGAACCACGAGGCCCACCAUUCAGAUUGGCCCACGACGCUCGACGUGCUGCGUGCCUUUGAGCAGCACAACCAAGGCAACGACUCCAUGGGGAAGUUUGUCUUGCUAGAUCGCGCAAAGUACCGUCUUCCAGGGACAAACGUGACUGUUCUGGGCUGCAGUCUGUUCUCCCUUGUCCCACCGGAGCGCGAGACGGCCGUCAGUUUUGGCCUCAACGACUUUUAUCAAACCCGGGACUGGGACGUGGCGACGCACAACGAGGCGCACGCUCGGGACCUUGGCUGGCUCAAUGGUCAAGUCGCCGAGCUAGAACAAACGGACACGAAGAUCAUGAUAUUCACACAUUGGGCCCCGACGCGCCAUGCAAAUGCCACUGAUCCGAGGCACAGCGAAAGCCCCAUCACCAGUGGGUUUUCGACGGAGCUCGCUGGGGAAAAGUGCUUCACGAGUGACAGUGUCAGGCUGUGGUCAUUUGGUCACACGCACUACAAUUGCGAUUUUACCUUGGACAGGGGACCAGCCGUCAGUCCGCUGCGGCUGGUGGCCAACCAACGAGAGUAUUACUUUUCGCAGUGCGAGGGAUUCGACGCAGGAAAGACCGUCAUACUCUGAUCUUGAAGUGGAAUCAAAGAAUACCCAAGAUGGGAAGUGGCGUAUUUUCAGCAAAGUUAAUAGGAAAGGAGGAUGGUCCAGAGUAUUACCUGCCGCAGUAUUCUGACAGGCCAAAGGGCGAGGCCCUGAGUAGUCGGGGAUGGUCUUCAGGAUCUGGACGACCUCAGUCGUCGUGCAAUGCUGCGUG